AUGUCAGAUAGGGAAGCGACGAGUGAACUAUCAUCAACAGUCCGUGAGGGUGUGGGCUACGAUGAGGUCUUUCCAUCAGGGCACGAGCUUGGGAAAGAUUCUCCUCAAUCCCCAGAAAGGGAGCCGUCCACCCAGUCCUUGAGUGAUGAAAAUGAGGAAGAGGAUGAGGGAGACGUUGAGGGGGAUGAAUAUAAAGAGGGAGAAGAGGAUGAAGAGGAUAGGGAGGAUGAGGAGGAUAGUGAAAAAGAUGAGGACGAUGAGGGAAUACCUUUUGAAGGGGGAGACCCAGGGAGUUAA